AUGUCUGAGCAGCUGAAGAAGAGUAACAAGUUGAUAUCUCAAGAGGCCAAGCCAAAAAACACCAAAUGGAAACAAUUCGUGGCGCUGAGGGUCGAGGCCGUUGAGAAGACGCUGAAUAAGCGAUUCGUCCAACAGACAUCUGAACUAGAGAAGCUGCUCAGAAUGCAGAUAGAGAUGGAGAUGAAGGAUGGAAAUGAGGCGCUCCAGAAAGAAGGGACUGAGAACGCCUGGCCGAUGCUCAUGGAACUGAGUCAGCUGGAGAGGAGCAGCGUGAACUGC